AGGUUAUAUUAUUGUAGGGUGUCUUAAUUCACUCAAGGCCGAGGCAAUGGAGACUGAAGCCAAUCUCCUCGUCUUAUUUGCAUUAAAAAUAGCUUAAUAUCCGAGUGCCGUGUAUGUGGAUAGUUAACGAGGCGACUAAAUCGAAUUUGCCGUCUGAGCGGGCAAAUUGGGCCAUUCGAGAUGGCUCGAAAACGUGGAGUGGUUAGCUUUAUUUAAAGUUAGUCGGACUAUCAUGGCUGACAGUGCAGGUGUUAUAUCUUCGAAAAAUUCAGAUAAAAGCAAGUUGAACAACUCUGUACAGCGGACGACAAGCGAGACGUUGCGAAUCACGGAAACCGAGAAGGCGAUUGGGCAACCCAACUCUUUAUCGACGUCGACACCGAGGAAGAAAACUUCGUUUCAGAUCACUAGUGUGACAGUCGGCUCGAGGACGAGCAAUGACGGUGGUGACGAUUCGGCAGACGAUCUAGACGAAUCGCACACGGAAGACAUCUCAGAAGUGGUGGACAAUUCUCGUAUAACGGAUUUGGAGAAUGAGACGCCGAGUUAUUCCGAGGAUACGUUUUCCAAAGACGACGUGUUUUUCAACGCGUCCUCCUCGUUAGUCUCUGCUCCCGUCAUCCCGACCAGUUCGCAGUACGGCCUCGCGAUAUUGGCGACGCCGGAAAACAGUGAAAAUCCCUCGAACCAUUCGGACGUCAGUGAAUCGAGUGCUAAUACGGAUUUACGUGUCGAAGUGACAGAAAGUGUGAUUAAUUUAGGUGUCGUGAGUACCAAACAUGAUCCGGAGAUGAGAGACAUGCAUCCUCCUGCUCCACGCACGGAAAGGUUUAAAGUCGUUAAAAUCGAAAGUACUGAACCGUUCAAACGCGGCCGUUGGGUCUGUAUGGACUAUUUAGAUCACAACAUCGCACAAAACCAAGUCAAAAGUGAUAGUGAACAAAUUUCUACGGAGUUUAAUAAUACGGAUAGUAAUAACACGUCGACGACAACAACAGCUGGUGGCGGUGUGAGUAUUAAUAAUUUAGUUGAAGAAUCACAACAGCCACCACUACCACAACAACAACAGCCACAGAUAAUUCCUUCUUCGAAUCAUAAUAAAGAGCAAGUCUCGUCGAAUUCGACAUCGGUGACGAUGCAGGCGACGGAUAACGGACAGUUGGUCGGCAACCAACAAUUGCCGAUUAACACACCGUCUACGCUCCCGGCGGCCUACACCUCCGUCUCGCCCGGCCAAUCUUUGCAGAACAGCAUGCAGAUGCAGAGCGGAGUGGUCAACGCGCCGCAACAGCAACCCCAGGUGACACAACAGUCUCAGAGUUUAUCACAAGUGCAUAUGCAACAGAUAUUAGCCAAUUCGAAUCAACACCAGAGCUUACAACCGCAACAGAUACAACAGGUAUUGGCCAACGCUAUCCCUGUACAACAACAACAACAACAACCACAACAACAACCGCAGCAGCAGCAGCAACCGCCACAACAACAGCAGCAACAGCAACAACAACCGUCUUCACAACAACAAACGACACAACAACCGUCCCAGCAGCAGCAACAACAACAGCCUAUCCAGACGCAUCAACAACAGCCUAUGAUCCAACAGCAACAGCCAAUGCAGCAGAUGCCCCAGAUGCAUCAGCCACAGUUUCAACAGUCGCAACCGCAACAACAGCCACAGCAGCCUAUGCAACAGCAACAGUACAGUCAGCCUAUCCAACAGCAGCAGCAGCCGCAGCAGAUGAUGCAACAACAGAUGCCACAGCAGACAAUGCAACCACCGCUUCAGCCUGUGCAACAAGUUCAUAUGCAACAGAUUCCGAUGCAGCAACAGAUGACACAGCCGAUGCAGCAAAUGCCACAGCAGCAAGUUUUGCAGGGGGCUUAUUCGCAAGCUCUGCCGAUGUCGCAGCCGACUGUGGCGACGCAAUCGAGUACCCAGCCGAUGAUGCAAGCGAUGCACCCUCAGAUGCAAAGCUUCCAGCAAUCGCCUAUGAUGACUAACAUGCAGCCUCAGCCGAUUAUGAAUAUACAAUCGCAGCCGCAUCUCCAGCCGCAGUACUACACCAAUACAAACAUCCCGCCUCAAAAUACUCCUUUGAUAACGUCCCAAGGUGGUAUGUUACCACCGAUGUCUCAAAACAGCAGUGUCGCCCAAGUGUCGAUGCAAUCGUCGAACCUUCCACCUUUGCAAACGUUUUCAUCGCUGUCGCAACAGAUGCAGGUGCCGAAUAUGCCUCAGACUCCGCCUGUGCAGACAUCUGUCCAAUACUCCCUGCCGAUGUCUAUGCCGGCGCAGCAGCAGAUCCAACAGCCAAUGUCGCAGACCUUGUCGAGUAUGCCGAUGCAGCAACAGCCGCCACCGAGCUACAGUCAUGCGACACCUGCUUCACAGACUUUCUCUCAAGUUUCUUCAGUCCCCUCUUCUUCUGUAGAUAUAGGAAGUGUCAUCUCUUCCGAACACUUGCCCGAUAACAUACCUGCACCGACUGCAGCUCUUCUUGAAUCCCUCCAGGAAGUAACUGCAUCGCCAGAAGAGCCUCCUUCUGGUGAAGAUCCAGAAAGUUUGCGCGGCCUCGCGCGGGCCCUGGCCACAGCGGCCUUGGAUCUUCCGCAACCCAGUGCCUCAGGAGCAAGUGCAGUCGCUAUUGACAACAAAAUCGAGCAAGCGAUGGAUCUGGUGAAGAGCCACUUAAUGUUUGCAGUCCGGGAGGAGGUCGAAGUGCUUAAAGAAAAGAUUGCAGAGCUGAUGGAACGUAUUUCACAAUUAGAGUCGGAAAACAACAUACUGAGGGCGGGAGCGAGCCCUGAAACGCUUGCCCUGCUCCCACCCCCUCAGCCACCACUCUCCUCUAACCCCACAUAAAUUGAUAUUUAGCAAGAGGAGAUAAGAAUGCAUAUGUGUUUUGUGUGUAUCUCACAGACUGGUACUUCCCAUCUCCCCUUACCUCUUCACUGUCUUAUAGAAUGUACAGCCUGAUAAUAACUGUAGUUCAAAUAAUAUUUUGUACUUUCGUUUCUGAAAAUUUGUAGUGGCAAACAAUACGUAAGAGCACGUUUGCCAGUUUAGCCCCAUCACUUUUUUCCCAAAAGAUCUUUUCUUGUGUUUUUUUAAUCAUAUUAGGGAUAACCUCACUAAAUUUUUCCCUAACUGCCAAUUAUUGAUAUUUGUGUCAUCGAGGUGUCAAAAUCCAUAUCUGAAAUUGAUGUAAUGAUUAAAAAAACAAAAUGUAAGAAAAAUAAAACUUACUUACCAACACUCAAGGCUGACUUCAAAAGACAUAGUUGAUCGAGCUCUUCAGCUGCUAGUCAGAAAAAAAAAGUGUUAUUUCUAAAAAGAAGAAAAUUUUGAAGAGUAUUCAUUUAGUCUCUAUUUUACAAUUUUAACAAAUGUAUUUUUUAUAUGUAAAAAAAAAACGUAUUGACUACAAAAUAUAAAACAGUGUAAUAUUUCAGUCGAACAACCUUCCAAUAAAUUCUAUAGUAGAUAUUUUCUAUCAUUCAAAAUAGUUGUUUAAACUAAUUAAAGUUUAUUUUGGCAACUGUGUUUUAAGUACUUCACAACUUAUUUUCUGGGAUGAGUCCAACAAAUUUUAGACAUUGGGCUUUGCAAAUGCUACUAUCCUAGUUGUAGCCUAGUUCUGCAAGACAAUGAAGCUAAAAAAUCACAAAUAUUCCAGUUGUAUACUUUUAUUUUCAUGUUAUCAUGAUUAUUGUUUUUAUGUUACUGAUUUCUUUAUUAAAAUAUACUUUUUUGCACAUCUAGAUGGUAAAGGAACUGAGCUCAAGUGGCGGCAUAUCAAGAAGGUCUAUAAAAAUUGUCAGAUAAAUCAUGUUAAAAACUGACAUUAGGCUCCAAAAAAAAAUGAAUGUUUACUAUAGCUAUGUGCAGGGCGAGCUCUUAAAAAAGUGAAUUACAAAAAAUAUAAAACUAAGAAAUGUUGUGAAGUGUGAUGCGCUUAAUCAUAGGAGAGUAAUGCCAGAGAGGCUGUGCUAAAGAUAGUAUAUUUUCUAUAAUGUAAAGUAUCUGAAGUGAUUCUAAAUUCUUGAUAGAUCGGUCUAAGUUUACUUUUAGUAUUAGUCAAAUAGAGCUUAUUUAACUACAUUUUAUGUAAUAUUAUAUAUAAUAUGUAUUUAUUUAUUGUACAAUGUUAAAUGGGUUUAAUGAUAAAUUUAAUAUGUGUCGAGAAAAAAGAAACUGAAUAUUUUAAAUGUUAAUGUAUUUACUGUGAACUUUAAGAGUCUGGGAAUUUGAUUUUCUUGACUUUCGAUCAGACUGAAUGAAAUGUGGAAAUUUUUUAGAUGGAUAUAUUUCAAGGGAAAGAAGGAUAACGACAUUUGUCUAUUCCUAAUGUGAGACUGUGCGUGUGAUUUUAAAGCAGAACUGCUAUGAUGAAUCACAUAGAAAGUAACAUUGAACACGACAAUAUAACUUAUUCCAGACAGCUACAAAUACCCGAUGUGUUGUACUGCUGAAAUAAAAAUUUACCAAUCGUGACAAAAUAUACUUAUAUUAUUGUUCUCUAAGAAGGACACAUAUUUGUUGAUUCCGUAUUGUAUUGUAGUAUCGAGGAAAUCCUUGAUUUCGUAUAUUAAUAAUAAUAUAUAUAUAUAACUAUAAAGAGAAAAGAAAAAUCGUUUUUAAUAAGAAUUGUGUACCACUUAUGGCUACCUACCAUGAGCAUAUUUGCAUUGCUGCAUUAUCUCCUUAAAAAAAAAAAAAAAAAUGAAAAAAAAAACUUAAUUAUGGCUUAUGUUUUGUAAAAUUAGACCUGUCCUAACAGGUUGUUAUUACAUUUCAAAUAAAUAUUAUAAUCUUGCUGUCUUUUAAUUUAAA